AUGCGAUUGCAUCACCGCGAGGAGGCUGGAUUGGAUCGCGGACUGCCGCCGUCCGGUGGGGUCGGUUUUGCAGAAAAGAUUCAGCAGCGGCUCAAGGACGUCCUCCGGCCAGACCUUGCCAAACAACGCCGCGCUCUGCAUGCGAAUGAGCAGCUCCUCGUCGUGCAACUGCGCGAGGAGGUUCUCCGCGAGGAGUCGGAGCACCUCCCGCAUGGGAUCCUUCGCGGGUGGGGAGGGGAUGGCGGGCGCGCGGGAAUCCGCCAAGGCGGGGUCGCCACCGCCGCCCCCGCCGUCGAGCGCGAGGGCAUCCCGAGAGGAGGGGAGUUUCGGAAGGGCCGCGAGCACAUCCAACACAUUCCGCCGCGUAGAGGGGCUCCCAACCUCGAGGAGACGAAAAAGGGAGGGAAUCAGGGCGUGCGGCUUUUGCACCACCGCCACGGUGAGCAUUUCGAUCGCGUAGUGCGAUGCCGCAUCCCGAGAUUCGGAGAGGACGUCCAAGAGCUGAUUCGAUACCUCGGAGGUCAGCUGCAUCGACAGAUCUCUGGACGUGCUGUGCAGGAUCGAUCCGGCCAAAAGCGCGGCCAUUUGUUGCAGCUGCUCAUUUCGCGCACGUAA